CUGGGAGCGUAACAUCUGCGUUUCUAGGAAUCUUCGCGCAGCGGGUGGUUAAGACUCCGGGGUUGUAGAGGUCCACACUAUACUAGUCGUCUGGCAGGAACUUUGACUUCAGAGAUGGCUCUGAGUAAAUCAAUGCAUGCAAGAAAUAGAUACAAGGACAAACCUCCUGACUUUGCAUAUCUGGCAACCAAAUAUCCAGAUUUUAAGCAGCACGUUCAGAUAAAUCUGAAUGGAAGAGUGAGUCUUAAUUUUAAAGACCCUGAAGCAGUCAGAGCUCUGACUUGUACUCUGCUAAGGGAAGAUUUUGGACUUUCUAUCGAUAUUCCGCUGGAGAGACUGAUUCCUACAGUUCCCUUGAGACUCAACUAUAUUCAUUGGGUAGAAGAUCUGAUCGGUCAUCAGAACUCUGACAAAAGUACCCUCCGAAGAGGAAUUGACAUAGGUACUGGGGCAUCCUGCAUCUAUCCUUUACUUGGAACAACCUUAAACGGCUGGUAUUUCCUUGCAACAGAAGUAGAUGAUAUGUGCUUCAACUACGCAAAGAAGAAUGUGGAGCAGAAUAACUUAUCUGAUCUUAUAAAAGUGGUUAAAGUACCACAGAAGACACUCCUGAUGGAUGCUCUUAAAGAAGAGUCUGAGAUAAUUUAUGACUUUUGCAUGUGCAACCCUCCCUUUUUUGCCAAUCAGUUGGAAGCCAAGGGAGUAAAUUCUCGAAAUCCUCGAAGACCCCCACCCAGUUCUGUAAAUACAGGAGGAAUCACAGAGAUCAUGGCAGAAGGAGGUGAACUAGAGUUUGUUAAAAGGAUCAUCCAUGACAGUUUACAGCUUAAAAAAAGAUUAAGAUGGUAUAGCUGUAUGCUGGGAAAGAAAUGCAGCCUGGCUCCUCUGAAGGAAGAACUUCGCAUACAAGGGGUUCCUAAAGUCACCUAUACUGAAUUCUGCCAGGGUCGGACAAUGAGAUGGGCUUUGGCUUGGAGUUUUUAUGAUGACGUAACAGUACCAUCACCACCCAGUAAGCGAAGAAAACUAGAGAAGCCAAGGAAGCCCAUUACAUUUGUAGUCCUGGGGUCUGUGAUGAAAGAACUAGCCCUCAAAGCAUCAUCUCUGGGCCCUGAGACAGUGGAAGGCAUCGUGGUGGUGACGACAUGGAUUGAAAAAAUCCUCACUGAUCUAAAGGUCCAGCAUAAACGAGUUCCUUGUGGAAAGGAGGAAAUCAGCCUUUUCCUAACGGCCAUAGAAAACUCCUGGAUUCACUUACGGAGGAAGAAAAGAGACCGAGUGAGACAGCUGAGAGAAGUGCCCCUAGCGCCCAAGGACGUGAUCGAAGCCUUGGAGGAGAAAAAGGCUCCCCCCAAAGAGUCUGGCAGCAGCCAGGAUGUUGCCCAGGGCCCCCAGGAGAGUGCCCGGGAGGGCCCUGCUCCGCCAGAAGGCGAGUCUGCCACUGUGGGGGGCCACGGCUCCAGCCAGGACUCGCUUUCCCAGGAGGAAAACCCAGAACCCACGGAGGAUGAAAGGAGUGAGGAAAAGGGGGACAUGGAGGUUCUGGAAGGUUGUAAAGGCUCUAGUAAUGGAGCCCAGGACCACGAGGCUUCUGAGCCCUUCAGCAGCCCAGUGUCUGAAAAAGGGAACCAUCUCCAAGGAGUGGCUGGACGUUACUUAUUCAAGUGUCUGAUAAACGUUAAGAAGGAAGUAGAUGAUGCCUUAGUUGAAAUGCACUGGGUUGAGGGCCAGAACAGGGAUUUGAUGAACCAGCUUUGUACUUAUAUACGUAACCAAAUUUUCAGGCUUGUUGCUAGUUAAUUCCAAAAUUAUCGCACAGUUGGGAAAGUUCUAUAAAGCAGCUUGCUUUGAAGAGUGGCCUGGGGUGGGGGGCGAGGGGGGCAAGCUGAAUUCCAUCAUUAGCCCACUAGUAAUAUUAUGUGGAAUUGUCUUAAAAAACCAACAAAUAAGUCCAUUUUUAAACACCUGUCUCCUUUAAAAAAAAAAAAAAUGAAUUACAGGGCAUUGUAGUAUGGUAGUUCAGAGAAAGAAUUGUGAUCAGCAUCAACAAAAUGCCAUCGGUAAACUCAUAAGGGAUUUAAACCUGACUUUAAGCGGAUCACCUUUGGAGAAGGAAAUGGCAACCCACUCCAGUAUUCUUGCCUGGAGAAUCCCACGGACAGAGGAACCUUGUGGUCUGCAGUCCAUGGGGUCGCAAGAGUCAGACACGACCGAGUGACUUUGAUUACUUCACUAAGCUGAUCACCUUGGCUUCAGACUGGUUUCCUGAGGCCAAAAGGAUUGUUUUUGCAGUCUGAUCCUGGUCAGAACUUCACAGCGCAUCCUGCCUUCUGUGUCAGCCUUGGCUGCUCCCUGAGAAGCGGUGGCUUUCUCACCCCUGCCCUCCUUCCCCUCCACCCCACGGAGGGGGUACACCAGGGUGGAUAGCCCUGUACCCUCUUCUAAAGUCACUUUCAAGUCUAAAUACUUUGGGUACAUAUGAUUGAUGACCCCUAUGUCAGUCCUGAGACAGGAACUAGCCCUUGAGAGUCAGGGAGAGAAAGCUCAGUAAUGCCAGGAAGAAGGCCUGAUCAGGGAGCACCUGGAAACAUCGGAGACAAUCGGCACAUUCCUGACUCUUGUCUGUUUUGGAUGUUGCUUGUUUCAGAAACAGAAUUAGGUAAGCAAAACUGCCAGACAUAACGGCGGUGCAGCAGAAUGAAGCCAUACCCGUCCCUCCAGCCUGUUUAAAGAACUGUUUUGUAGCAGUCUGACUGGUGUGGAUUUUUUUUUUUUUUUUUAAUUUGUUUUGACGUUUGAAGUGGUGCUAAUAUAAGAGUAUUCAGAAUUGAAAACUGUCAGUCUUGUUUGAAUCCUGGGGUUGGGGAAGAUACUCUCUUGGCUUUGAAUGGAUAAGUGAUUGGUGAUGGAAAUG